AUGUUGAACUCUGGCGGUUAUGACUACUGCCCUGGCGGCGUGCGAGGGGAUAUGGUGUUCUCCGAAAGCUACUACCAUCAGAGCGGACGCACUUUUGAUCCGAACUACUUCCCCGAAGUCAUCCUUCCCAGGCCCGAGCACAACGCCGAAGGCCCACUGCUGCCCCCGUCUACCGGCUACGCCCAUUGGCUCCACGAGGCCGAGGGUAUAAAGAGAAGGGCCAGCCUCAUGAUGACGGCCGCCCCAACCUGGAGCGAUGGGGAGCCCGCCACGUCCGCCGCCAUCGUAGCCGACGGCAGCUUGGGCAGCUACUCUCCGGACUGGUGGUGCCACGAGCAGCAACAGCAGCACAAUCUUCACGUCCAGGAGCAGGCCGCCCUCAUGCCGGCCGCGUCGUGGGACCCCUUUGGACAGACAGACAUUGCCUUGAGUAUUCCGUGGCCGACGUACGAGCUUCCCGGCGCCGACACGCUUGCAGCGUCGACGGUUGCUCCCCCUCUGGUCCUCCAGGACGUAAGCUAUCCCUGCUUGGAUGGAGUUGAGGGCAGCAGCAUCUCGCCCUACCCGGAGACGGAAAUGGGGUUAUUCACCGCCCCGGCCAAGAGCUGGCUUGACUCAUCGCCGUCCUACUUCUUCCCGCAGCCCGUCUCCCAGCCGCUGCCCCCCUUUUGGGAGACUUUUUCGUCUCCUUUGGGGUCGUGGUCCUCGGGGGCAUCUCUUUCUGGCAUGUCCGAAGAGUCCGACUUGGAGGGCCAGUUUCCCUGCGCCCUGUCCCUUUCCAAGGCCGGCGGAUCCGCUGGGGGCGUCUCUGGUCUUGACCCGAGUCUACCUUGUGCCUCCUCCUCCCCUGCCAUGGCCUUUUCAGGCCGCGAGGGCAAGGCGUCAGCCAAGAGUAAGUCCCCAAGCACCAGGACCCCCGCACGCAGGUCCAGGAAGCGACUCCCCAGCAUCGCCCCUGAAAUACCACCCGUCAUGGAAGGACGUGUCUCCCGGGUACGACGAAGCAACCGUCUCUCAUCCAAAAUGAAGGCCCAGGACCGCUCCCCGUCGUCGUCCAUUUGCUCUGAUUCGGAUCCUGCUUCUUCUGCUCCUUCUGUUUCCCCUGCUUCUUCUACAUCGCAGCAGCCGAAGGGGACCCGGUUUGGCAAAAUCGAUGACAUGGAUCCCGUCACCAAGACAUUUGUGGAGACGAUGCUGCUCAAUGACCGUGCCGAAAGCCGCGACAAGAAGGUGCCCUACAGCAUCAUCUUAAGGAAGCUGAGCCACGUGUUUUCCGGGGCCGAGGAGACGCUCCGGGGCCACCGCCGUAAACUCAUGCUGCCUAAGGAGCAGCGAGUCCGGCGGCCUGUUUGGGAGCCGUAUGAUAUCCUCCUCCUCCAAGAAGCCGUACAGUAUCAACACCACACGUCUCUCAGACGUAAGAUCUCGUGGACGGCCGUCAGUCGGUACAUCUAUAACAACGGUGGGUCGUACAAGUUCGGCAUCACCGCCUGUAGCCGCAAAUGGAGAUUGCUCCAGGCCGGCCAACUCUAG